AUGAAUGGUGCAACCGAUUAUCUGUUUAGUGAAAGUGGUGUCGUAGAAGAUGAAAACGAUGGGGUCAUUCCGUCGGACGAUGAACUGCCGGAUGUCGACGAUGAAGCUGAUCACGACAAUGAAGCUGCUGGCCCAUCCAAACUGGUAAAGAUGGAGGUGAAGAAAAAAACGGUUAAGAAUCCCCGUAAUUUGCUGAACGAAGCAAAACUGUGUGGCCCUCGUGGAAUAAUCGCGCUGAAGGACCAUUUCAAAGAUUUCAAAUUCCACGGCAAAGGGCACGAGGCGUCCGAUCUAAACAGGCUGAUGCGCCAUUACGAACACUGGGCUCAUCGAUUGUAUCCGAAGUUUCACUUUGACGAUUGUAUGGCCAAGAUCGAGAAGCUCGGCCACAGAAAGCUCGUGCAGAUGUACAUGAACAAAUACCGCUCGGGGCUGUUACAGCGGGAGCUUGAUGAGGCGACUGCCGUACACAGUGAGGACGAGCCGGAUGAACAGCAAAUGAACCAACCACUCGAUCCGUUGGACAGCAUGCUGGAGGAGCAGAUUGCUCGAUCACGGGGCCGAACAUCGCUAGCAAACACAUCUGGCGUUGAUAACAUCUCGGUGGAUACGACGUUUGAUGCGAUUAGGCAAGAUAAAAUAAACCAUCAGUCCACUGACAGCAGUUUCCACGCGAAUGCCUUGAAAGACGCACAACAAACGAUUAAAUCGCCACCUGCAAUAAGUGAGGAACUCCGUGCGAAGAUAGAAGCAAACCGGUUAAAAGCGCUAGAGCUACGCAAAGCUCGCAUGUUAUCCCUAUCGCAGAGCGCUAAUGAAACUGAAAACACGGAAAAUGAUGCCAGUGCUUUGCGGCCACUCGUCGAGGACGAGAUGUUAUAG